GUGAUCUUCAAACGUUCCGCUUUUUGCCUCCACCUUCCAAACUGACUUUCGCACUAAACUUCCACCAGACGUCCAGCACGAGCGGAGGCAAACACCAUGGAUGUGCCACAUGAGGCGGACCGGAGAAACUGAAACCACCGCUCAAAGUUUGACCGUAGAAAUCACUGUGACUCUGACUAAGCAAACAAACAACUUUCGUCCUGUUUUUCUCGCACCUUUCACUUGCCGCCUGCCAUUUGGGAUUGCCUGGAUUCCGCGGUGUGUCUUUAUAUGUUCAGCUGGGGAGACGCGUAGCUUUUCGGCGUGGUCCGCUAAAAGGAAGGUGACAUGCAGGUUCUCAGCUGGACCAUGGUGCUCCUCUGCCAGUGGAUCCUACGGAAGGUCCAAGGGUUGGAGAGGCAAGUGGACUUCUCAGAUCUGGGCCCAGUGGGGGCGGUGAUGAAGACUCUCCCAUAUGGCAUGGGCGGAGGCACAGUCGGAGGAGUAGUUAAGCCUCCAUACCAAACCAUCUUCUCCACACCCAUCGAUCAAACACCAGUGAAAUCUAAGCCACCCCCCUACAGUUCCUAUAACCCGUAUGAGUUAGCUCGGAACCAGUCCCUGCUACUGGACCAGACAGGCUACCGUUCAAAGCGUAAGCCCACACUAAAGACAGCCAUGAAGACCAAGAAGAUCUUUGGCUGGGGGGACUUCUACUUCAAUGUCAAGACUGUGAAGUUCAGCUUGCUGGUGACAGGGAAGAUUGUGGACCACAUCAAUGGGACUUUCACUGUUUAUUUUCGCCACAACUCAUCCAGCUUGGGGAACGUGUCAGUCAGUAUUGUGCCACCAACCAAAGUGGUUGAGUUUGAGGUCCUUCAUCAGCAUCAGCUGCACCCCCACACCCAUCAAGAUGUCCAGAUCCAAGAGACACAGCAGUCCACCAUUGACCCUAAAGAGGCAAAGACCUUAAACUGUCGGGUCGAGUAUGAGAAAACCAACAGAUCCAAGAAGUCCAAACCCUGCCUGUAUGAUCCGUCUCAGACCUGCUUCACAGAGCACACCCAGUCCCAUGCUGCCUGGCUCUGUGCCAAACCUUUCAAGGUGAUCUGCAUCUUCAUCUCUUUCUUCAGCAUCGAUUAUAAGCUGGUUCAAAAAGUGUGUCCGGACUACAACUUCCAAAGUGAUCACCCUUACUUUGGAUAAAGUAAAUGAGACUGAACUGAAUAGAGAAACAAAGAGACAAUAUUAAUGACCACAAUGAUGAGUAAAAUGAUCAUGAUGGGAAUGACAGUCAUACUGAUCCUGGUGAAAAAAAAAAAAAAAAAGCUGGGGACAGUUUUUUUUUGCCUCUAAACAGCUGUGAAUUGUGGAUUUAAAUCAUGUAUAAUCAGAGUUAUGGAUGGAUAGGUUAUGGCUGAUUUCACUGACGUCUUUUCCAACUUUGUAUUUGUUCUGUUUUUGUUUUGAUUUUUUCCUGUAAAUAUUGUACUCAACCCCGGCAGACUUAUUGUUUUUAGAUAUUUGUUUCUUAGUGUCAUUUCUUUCUGAAGUUGGAGACUUGGUUACAAACAGCUGGAAACAGUAUUAUGCCCUUUGAGUACAAAGUAAGCCUCUGAGGCAGCUGAACCAUGCCAUCGCUGUAUGGCAAACGUAAUGUUAUGGUAGACUGACUGUUAAUCAUCCUCUCAGCUCUACAUUUAAACCCUGGAUAUAAGAGAGUUAUAUGUAUGAGAAAUGCCAUGCUGGAUAUGCAUACAAUAUACUGUAUGAAAAAGCACAUUAAAAUCUCUUAAACUGUCUGCCUUUUACUGAGUGAAUGUUUUGGUUCAGAGCUUGAAGCAAAUUUGCAAGGCACAAGCUGUGCAGCAUAUUCAUGUUAUCUAACCCAGCAGGAAUAUUAUGAAUUAAGCUACAUUUCACUCUGAUUAGGAAUUCAUGUUCAAGCUUUCAGCAAAGAUAUGUAAUUUUAAUUUUCUCAAAUAUAUUGAAGGAAAGUUUGUUAUGGAUUGAAUUUUAACAUGAAAACCAACCGUGAAACAUUCUUUAGAUGAUUAAGUUUGACUUUUUGAGGGAGAUGAUAUGUACAGUAAUAGA